CUCACACCCACUUCCUCAUCCACUAAACUACCUCUCUCACACACACUCCUAUAACUCUCUGCUAUCUCGGACUACACACACCUAACCAAAAACUACCUCCAAUCAUCGUAUUUCAAUUUAGGGUUCCUUCAUUAAUGGCUUUGGAGGCUUUGAAUUCUCCAACAGCGCCCGCCGCUCCCUUCCGUGCCUAUCAAGAAGAGGAGGAGCUUGACCUUCAGUUCCGCGAGCCUUGGUCUAAAAGGAAGCGAUCGAAACGACCCCGUUUUGAGACCGAGGAAGAGUAUCUCGCUCUUUGCCUCAUCAUGCUCGCGCAGGGCGGCAACAACACCAACACUUCCUCCCACCGCCAAACUCAACACUCGGAGUCUCAGAAAGAACCGUCACCGCCGCUCAAGUUAUCCCACAGGUGCACCGUUUGCAACAAGGCUUUUCCUUCUUAUCAAGCGCUCGGUGGACACAAGGCCAGCCACCGCAAGUCCUCGUCGGAAUCUACCUCUGUCUCCGCCGUCGCCAGCGACAGCGUCACCGCUNAUAUUUCUUCCUCAUCUACCUCUCUCACACACACUCCUAUAACUCUCUGCUAUCUCGGACUACACACACCUAACCAAAAACUACCUCCAAUCAUCGUAUUUCAAUUUAGGGUUCCUUCAUUAAUGGCUUUGGAGGCUUUGAAUUCUCCAACAGCGCCCGCCGCUCCCUUCCGUGCCUAUCAAGAAGAGGAGGAGCUUGACCUUCAGUUCCGCGAGCCUUGGUCUAAAAGGAAGCGAUCGAAACGACCCCGUUUUGAGACCGAGGAAGAGUAUCUCGCUCUUUGCCUCAUCAUGCUCGCGCAGGGCGGCAACAACACCAACACUUCCUCCCACCGCCAAACUCAACACUCGGAGUCUCAGAAAGAACCGUCACCGCCGCUCAAGUUAUCCCACAGGUGCACCGUUUGCAACAAGGCUUUUCCUUCUUAUCAAGCGCUCGGUGGACACAAGGCCAGCCACCGCAAGUCCUCGUCGGAAUCUACCUCUGUCUCCGCCGUCGCCAGCGACAGCGUCACCGCUUCCACCGCCGGCGGCGGAAGGAUGCACGAGUGUUCCAUCUGUCACAAGAGUUUCCCCACCGGACAGGCCCUGGGUGGCCACAAGCGCUGCCACUACGACGGUGGAAACCACCACAGUAACAGCAACGCCCUCACUUCCUCCUCCGACGGCGUUGGCGGCGUUGCUGCCUCCUCCCACACGCUCCGUGGGAUCGACCUGAACCUUCCGGCGCCGCUCACGGAAUUCUGGCCGCCGGUGGGGUUCGACUUCAGGAAGAAAGUCGGCGGAGGCGACGAGCAAGAGGUGGAAAGCCCGUUGCCAAUAACCGCAGCCAAGAAGGCGCGUUUGUUUUCGGGGGACGACCACGACGGUGAUGAUCAAAAGGCGUAGCUUGGUUCACCCAAGAAAUGUUUAUUUGAAUUUGAUUGUAAUUCAAUUUGCCGGUCUGGUGAAUAUGAAUCGUAACCAAUUAGUUUAAUUUCCAUUUGUUAUUUUUAUUUUUAUUUUUAUUUUCUUCUGUUUAGGAAGGAUUGGGUUGGGAUUAGGUUCGGAUUUUGUUUCUGCUCAUCUGUACAGAUAAAAUUUGUUCAUUGCUUUUGGACUCUUCUUUGUCAUUGAUGUAAUCUGACAAAUUCGUUUAUCAGUAAAAUAUCAUUUACGUUAAAAAUGAAUACAAGUGAUUUCUCAUCAUUCUUA